AUGGCCAUGGCCACGGAUGGCCAGCUCCAACUGAAGAUCCGUGAUGGCCAACCCGAGAACAUGUUCCGUGUUAUCCUGGAAGAACCCGAAGGUGGAGCGAAGUUUGAUGAAAGCACCGACGGAGGAGAUGAAACCUGCAUCCUGACGGUCUUCAUCAAAACAGAUGUGGUCAUUCGGGAUCCCAUCGACAAGAUGAGAAGCACAUUGGCAGUGCGUUGGGGGAAGGCAAAAACUGGCAACGCCAACUGGGGGAGGCAGUUCAAGGAUGCCGUCUUCGACGUCUAUGGAGACGACGAUGAUCUCGAUGAGGACGAAGAGCGGACCGUUGGGCAAAAGGCUUAUGCCUGGUCCUUUCACGUGAUUCAAUUGCCCUGGAAAAUUGUUUUCGCCUUCAUUCCACCCACAGACUAUUGUGGAGGUUGGGUCUGCUUUUGCUUCUCCUUGAUCUUCAUUGGUCUGGUGACGGCCAUCAUCGGAGAUGUCGCUGCGAUCUUUGGUUGUUGCCUGGGCAUUAAGGCCAUGGGCACAGCGAUCACCUUCGUGGCCCUAGGUACAUCUCUACCUGAUACCUUUGCUUCGAAGACUGCUGCGCAACAAGAUCCCCAUGCUGAUGCAUCGGUUGGAAAUGUCACUGGCAGCAAUUCUGUGAACGUGUUCUUGGGUCUUGGCAUGCCCUGGACCAUUGGAGCCAUCUAUUGGGCUGCCGGCGCCAACGAUGAAUGGAGGCGGAAAUUUGGCCCUGGCACAGAGCCUCACUUGAAGAUUCCAGAAGCCUUUCGGGAGGGGGCCUUCAUUGUGCAGGCCGGCGAUCUGGCGUUCAGCGUCACCGUGUUCUCUAUCUGCGCGGUGUUGUGUGUCGCGAUCCUAGCCGCCCGUCGACGCUUAUUUGGAGGAGAGCUUGGGGGGCCGCUUCCAGCGAAAAUCGUGUCGGCGGUCCUUAUGAUCUCCCUAUGGCUGGUCUACAUUGGCAUGUCUUUCUGGAAGAUGGAAACUUCAUAGCCAUUGCAUGUCGUUGUGCCCAGUUGUACCGCGCCAAGCGCGGCGCAAAGAAGCCGCAACGGAGGCC